GCAGGGAAACACAGCACUGCGCCGGAGAUGAUCUGGUGGACGGUCACCUGUUAAACUACACCGCUAGCCCACCGUGAUAGACACACAUUCAGGGAACAUGGGAGGGUCUCAGAGCGUCGAGAUACCAGGUGGAGGAACUGAAGGCUACCACGUCCUCAGGGUACAAGAUAAUUCCCCAGGUCACUAUGCAGGGCUGGAGCCAUUCUUUGAUUUCAUCAUUUCCAUUUGUGACACUAGAUUGAACAAGGACAAUGACACCCUCAAAGAGUUGCUGAAGAUGAACGUGGAGAGGCCCAUUAAGAUGCUGUUAUACAGUAGCAAGACCCUGGCAGUAAGAGAGACAACGGUCAUACCCAGCAACAUGUGGGGCGGCCAGGGGCUGCUGGGGGUCAGCAUUCGCUUCUGCAGCUUUGAAGGAGUCAAUGAGAAUGUUUGGCAUGUCUUGGAAGUGGAGCCAAACUCUCCUGCAGCCCUAGCUGGUUUGACGGCCCACACUGACUACAUCAUAGGAGCCGACACCAUCAUGGAUGAGAGUGAGGAUCUGUUCUCCAUCAUUGAAUCCUAUGAAGGAAAGGAACUGAAGCUGUAUGUUUACAACACAGAUACAGACAACUGCCGGGAGGUGCUCAUCAGUCCAAACUGCGACUGGGGCGGAGAGGGCAGUCUAGGAUGCGGCAUUGGCUAUGGCUACCUGCACAGGAUACCUUCACUAUCAUUUGCAGAGGGCAAGAACACCGGUUUCCUUGCACAUACUCCCAGUGAGCAAGCUCCUCCACCUAAAGAUGGCUUCACAGAGGUCCAGCUCUCUGCUGUCAUUCCAACCGUUCCAGUUGCUUCUUCUUCUGCUUCGACUGGAUUAGAGCAGUCUCUCACCGGCUUGUCAGUCAACUCUGGCCCGACCGCUGUCAUUAGCAAUCUGCAGACAGGAGUUCCUACUGUCCCACUGACCAGACCAGUGUCCUCCUCACACAGCGUCCCCCUGUCUGUCAAUCCUGCUGCCACACUGCCAGGUUUAAUGCCUUUACCGGGACAUCUUCCACCCUUUCCUAAUUUGCCAAAUCUAAAUAUCACCUUGCCAAACCUGGGCCAAGUAUUACCACCAGGAGUUGGUGGGUUACAACAUGCAGGUCCUCCACCUGUCACCCUGCCAGGUGUGGUCCCCGGUGUAACUCUGCCGCCGUCUAACUUUGUUUAUCCUCCACUCACUGUUAAUGCAGCUCCUGCUGUUACGCAGGAUAUCACGUUUCCCCCGUGCACCACCCAAAUGAACAGUACACUGACUAAAAACCCCAUCCCAUCAUCAGUGACCACCUGUGACUCAAUAAAUAUCACAGUGACCGUAGACUCAUAGCAGAGAGCACCUUUAAGGUUGUCAGCUUGAUCUCACGCCUUUGCACAAUGUGGCCAGUCUGUCAGCUGUUAGCUCGGUUGACAAACUGCUGCUACACACCGUUAGGAUUGUUGUAUGUAUCUCAAGGAUACUGGAACUUCACCAAGUUUUCCUUUGAAUGCGUGUCAAGCAGCUGCAGCAGUCGCUCAUAUUAAAAGCAAAUGUUGAUGGCAGGAAAUGGAAAAUUACAAGAAUCAUUCAAGCCUUUCAGCAGAGUUCAAAUAUACUCUCUGUAGCAGAACUUUUUUUUUUAAACAGUUCGUAACUCAGUCAUAGUAAUAGAUGUGUUAACACCAACUAUGGGUUUUUUGAACUUGGCUCUAAAACAGUGUGUGAAAUACAUGGGAAACGGGUUACUUUCAAGUGUGCAAGUCAGUAUCUUUGAAUCUUUUUUUAUGGUCAAACUACUAUGGAAUCCCUGAAGGGUCAUGCUAGGAUUUUUUUGGAUUGAACUUCUUUUGCAUUCCCCCUGGUCCACAGGAACAGUUAGUGUGUUGGUCAAGUCCAGUUCACUUAUAAUAGACUCCUAGUUUAGAGGAAAAUUCUGCAGAAAUCAGAGAUAAUGUGACACUUUACAUUAUGCAUUUAUUGCUCAUUACUCCUUUCAAAGGCCGACAGUGAAAGGCCACCAACUGCAUGUGAGCACAGCUGCAGCUAUUCUGCCUGGCUUUGGCUGCCCUUGUGGUUGAGUCUAUGACAUAAGUGCUAUUGCUCCUGUUAAUAUUAGCCACAGAAGCAUUGUUAAGCCACACACACAGGCAUGUGAACCUGCACAUCUACCAGAUAUGACAGAUGUGUACACCACACCACAGGACAAGUUCAUAGAUACAGUUGAACUACAGCAGUCAGCCAGCACAAGCCUUGCAUGCAGUUAGUGUUGCACCCAUUAUAAACUAAUGCAUCACUGCGGUAACAGUAUCAACCAAAGCAGAGUCAUGGCUCCAGACGCAGUCCCAGCUAGUCUGUCUCAAUUAGCCUUGGCAGCAGAUUUAGAGAGUUAUAGGUUAAAUAGUGCUGCUAGUUAUCUGUCCAGCUGCAGUGAUACAGACUUGUACCUGAGCCAGCCACAGCUGAGGGUGCACCCAGAUGCUGUGGUCACAACCAGCAAGUCUAUUACAUAGUAUGUAAUAGUAAAUCAUAGUACAGCUCAGCCUUCCUCUGGGGAGCAGGGGGAAUGUGUAACUCAUUGUAAGGCAAGGCACUGAACUUUCAGGGGCUUCGUAAACUACUUUAAGUCUUCAGGGGAGGAUGGGGCACUAACUUAUACUACUGGGGUUUUUCUUUUAACAAAGCAGGUUUGCCUUCUGCAGUGCAGUAUUCAUUAAAUAUAUAAAACAGUUUUGGUUUUGUACAAUAAAUAAUUUGUAAAUUAAGAUAUUGUUACCUUGAUUAAACUGAUGUAUUUUCACUA